AUGAAGGAGAAGAAGAGAGCAAGCAUCGUAAGAGCCAGGCGGCCUGGACCAGGCAAGUCGGAAGAUGCGUCGCCUGCCAUUGCUGAAUACCGUAAUGGUGAACCCGUUUUGUCUCUCCGGUGUCAUCUCGGACUUGCUGCAAUAGAGAUUAAAGCCGGAUCUGGUCUCCGCGAUGGAGCCUUCUUCAUCUUUCUUCAAUGUCGACCCGGCGAUAUUACAUACCUGGUAGCUAUAUUUGCUCGUCUUCUCCAAUAUCGAGCAACCCUCAUUGAGAUCUUUGAACAGGCGGGUGAGAAAUACGACAUACUCCCACAAAGUCAUGAUUGGGAAAGACAAACUGAAAGUAACCUGCACGGAGGCAAUCUUUCAGUGAAUAGCCACUAUGGUAGUAAAUCUUGGAUAUGUAUUCCUGCCGCAGAUGAUCAAGCUGGCUAUAUAGCUCUCGCGUUUAAGGAACAUGAAUGGCCUGAGGAAUUUGGCCCGAUCUCCCUAGCGGAUGUUAACAUGACUCGAAAAGUGGAGGCACUGGGGAAACUAGUGAUCCAGGACGAAGACUAA